AUGGCGGCACUUGCCUCCAACAGAGACGAAGGAGGCGCACUAGGGUCCCUUGACGAGCACCAGCUUGCCGAGGACUCUCGCGAAACAAAUAGCAACCAUACCACUGAGCAUGCUGCGUCGUCGUCCGACACUGUGCAUGCGAAACGGAAGGUCCUCCUCCACGACCAUCACCCGCGCACACAGCCUCCUGCAAAGCGCCAAACCAGGGCAGCCCUCGCUUCAAACUCGUCAUCAUCUGCCCAAGCUCCGGCACCAAUAGCGCCAGCUCACACGCAGUCGGCAACUGUCGCGGCCUUGCAGGCUUAUGCGCUUGCCACAGCGUCGCGAUCAUAUGCCUCACAACCGUCAGCACAUACACACAUCGCGCCUGCACCGGUACCUGCAUCAGCAUCCCCACGGGCAGUUGCAUCAGUGAUUUCGCCACCAUCACCACCUAUACCAAAAACCAUCGCUGCAGCUCAAAAACCACCCGCAGUUUCCACUGCUCCGAUGUCAAUACCAGCAUCACAGCUUACACCUCAACCAACUCCAACAUCGUCCACCGCAGUGGUCCCAGCACAGAAACCACCCGCAAUCACGGCAAACAAGAGCCAGACGCGCCACCUACAGGAAGAGGAAGAGGACGACGACGAGGAUGAUGAAGAGGACGAUGACGAUGAGGUCGAUGAUAGUCUUCUGGGAUGGUGCCGCGGGAGACGCUACAAGGACAAGGAUUAUAUCACACCCCAGAAGGUACUGGCUUACGUAAAGUCCAUGAUCUCCCCGGGCUUCCAGCUAGACCGACUCAAUCCUCCACUUCACGUGCCUGCCCUUAACGGCGAGACUGAAAAGUACCUCCCGUCAUGGACUACAGUGCACAUGAACAUCUUGUCGAUUCAGGUCCUCUACAUGCGACAGUGCGAAAGAGACAAGACAGCCCCCGACGCGAACGUCAUUAACCAUGCGAAACUCAAGUCGCUGCUCUACGAUUAUCGCAAAAGGUCGGCGCCACACGACCCCACCUCAAAAUAUAUCCUAGAUCCGCGUCUGUUCCAGCCUCGAGUGGAAGGCUCCACCGGAUACAGUUCCAGUGUGCCCCAGCAACCUGGCAAUGACAUCGGGACACCACUGUCGCUUUCUCCUCCAAUCGAUCACAAAAACAUUGGUCAGGGCAAUGGCAACACCGCAUUCGUCAAUGGAAACGCCAACAGCAACGGUCACAGUGGCGGCAAUAGCACUCUUGGUCACCUCACACACAUCCCUAACGCUCAUGGACCCUAUAACCCACCGGACUCCAGUCCGCAAUACUGCAUGCACACUGCUCUGGCGACGAUGGAGAUGGAGAUGUUCAUGAGCUCUCUCCGCAACGAUGUCAUGGCGGCGGUCAACCAAUCAGUUGAACACAGCAGGGCUUCACAAACGGCGAUCGAGGAUCUUGGCGGCAGGAUGGACAAGAUGGAACAAUCGGCCCGCAAGUCAAUGAUGGAUAUCGCGGACACUGGAUUAUCAGAUAUGGAAUUGCGAGACUUGGAGCUGUAUUACAGGCGCCGCGCAACGCAGCUUCGACAAUCGCGACUGGAUCGGAAGAAGGGACAAGGCACAACAGGCAUGGGCACGAACACGAGCACGCAGAAGAAAACGGAUCGGCAGCUGCGAGAAGAGAGGGAAAGACGACAGGAGAUGCACCCACACCAGCACUCAAACUCGUACCCAUCACACCCAAGAAGAAGCCAGUCGGCCGAGUUUUACCACCCUGAUGGGCACUCUGAUGGAGACGAUGACAAUGAUGGAGAGGAGGAUCAGUUCUACGAUAUGCUUCCGGAAGAUGAGACACCUGCUGGCAACGGCUAUGCGUACCACUCGGAUGCAGACAUGGAAGGAGGUGACGGAUACGAGUCUGAAGUGAAGCCCAGCGUUGACAAGUCGACGAGAACCAAACUGGAAAAGACCAAGGUGGACAAGGUGACCAUGCUGAAUGAGGACGACUACGAUCUGUUGCCGAGGAAGAAUGCGACCAGGAGAAGCUUUACAGCUGGAUCAAAGGUCACGUCAGGCCAGCCGAAAUGUGACUUGUUCACGACCAAGGAGCUAAACUUUCUGGCGGACGACAUUGCGGGACAUUACAACCAGAUCGAGGAAAAGAAGACGGAGGAGAGCUUCAAGGAGGCAGAGUUGUUGCCCAGAAACGCGGGUCUGGUACAGCUUUGGAACGAGAUGUUUUCGGCAGUGGAGAAGCAGCCGUCGCUGUGGGGGAUGAACGUCUAUGCCAAUGGAUGGCAUCUGAAAUUGGAGAUGAAGGUUAAGCAACGGGUGGCGUUAAAGAAGAAGAUUAUUGCGUCUGUGCUGGCCAAGAUUCAGGCGGAAAUGGAGUAUGCUGCGAGUGCACGGAUUCCGGCCUCGAAGACUCCGAGUCUAAAGGAGAUGGUCAAGAACGCGCUGAUUGCUGUCGAGCUUGAGAUUAGGCGGGACGGAUCGAUCAACGCCUACCACGACCGCAUCAAGCGCCGAGAGCAAGAGCAACAACCUACGCGAGCCAUCAGUACCAAUCGUCUCCAGAGCCAGGAACAAGACCAAGACGGCUCCAGCAACGUCCAAAGGGCACUAAGGAUCCCCGAAAUCGUGAUCGAGAUAUGUCACCACCUCACAGUCUCAGACCUGACAUCCUGCCUCUUUGUCUGCAAGCUCUGGAACACAGUUGCUCAACACCAUCUUUGGCGGUCAGUCUUUAUCUACCAAAAGAGUGAAGAUUUCCUGGUCUCACUGCAGCCGGGUCAGCGGGAGGCGAUUCGACAGAACGCGCAGAGUAUCAAGACUUUGGGAUUGGUCCAGCAUGAGACGGUUUUAGUGGGGUGUGAGACUUGUACGCAGUUGGAGGAGGUUUAUUUCUUUGGACUGCUUGAUAAGAAUCAGGUUUCGGAGAGGGUGUUGAUGGCGGCCCACGCGGAGGAGGAUGAGGAUGUGCAGGAGGUGGUGGCAGUGGUGGAGGGAAGUGAAGAGGAAGAAGCAAUUGAGGACCAGAUAGAUGAGCCGUCAGCAUUGGAUCUCAUUGUUCAGAAUCCACGGCUUCAAAAGAUCCACCUUUUCGACAUUGAGGUCCUGGCACGGUUAUGGACUCCGACACGACUGCGACUUCUUCGACAACACCCCAAUCUCCGCUCGAUCACCAUGAUGUUCGCCAACUAUGUCUAUGACCUGUACAUUAUCCGGAAAAUUGUCGCGCAUUGUCCGGAUACGGUUCAGGAACUCAAGAUUACCACAUUCGGAGGUGCCAUUUUGCAGUCGAGUGCCGGCGAAGAAAGCAUGCAUGAUACGAUGGUUAACCAGUGGAGACCGUUGCCGCAGAUGCGAGAAUUGACGAUCGAGAUGUGUCUGUACCCAUGUGAGGCGACGGUGCUGCUGCCGCUGUUGAGGUGUUGUCCGAAUCUUAAGAGAUUGCGACUGAGUACGAUGUAUGUCGGGGAUAUGGAUGCGUUGAUGAGCGUCUUGAUGCAGGAAUCCCUUCGAGGGAGUGUCACACAGCUGGAAUUGCCCAACACGCUUCAGGAUCCGGAAUUUGCGGUCCAGUUCAUGGAGGGCUAUCGUGGGUUGAGGAGUUUGACGAUGAGGGUGUCGGUUGGGUAUGAGAGAGUUCUUGCAGGGAUGAUUCAGCAUCUGGGGUCGACAUUGGAGCAUAUCCGGUUGAUGGAGAGUACGGUGACUAUCAGUUCACAGCAGUAUGUGGCGGGGGUUGAUUCGAUCUUGGAAGGGUGCAGGCGGUUAAAGACGUUGAAGGUGGAUGCUUGGAGGAAUUAUACUCCUGGGACGGGGGUGGCCAUGGAUCGGCUCUUGGGGUCUACGGAGUGGGCUUGUAAGGAGACGUUGGAAGAGUUGGCGGUCAGGAUUGAUAAUCCGAGGGAGGAUUUGGAUCAUUGGAGUUAUGAGCGUGGGGUGAUGCUAGUAGGUAGGUUGUUUGAGAGGUUGCAGGGGCUGCCGAAGUUGAGGAAAGUUGAGUUUUUGUGGGGUGGGUUGUGGAAGGCGAUUCCGUUGGCGAAGGGACUUGAGGGGAUUCGUGCCGCCUCUUUGAGAGGGAGUAAGAUGACUCUUGCCGAUGUUGAAUGGAUGGGUCUUCACUGGGAAUAA